AUGAACGCUACCCGCUUCGACGCUCUCGCCGCGAUCCCAUCCAUCCACCUCGCGCGCCAAGAAGCCUACAUCCUCUCUACCGCCGUUGGUUUGGCCAUCUACGUCGUCUUCAAGCGGUACGAGCCCGUUCAUGUCCACCACCACUUCUGGCUCCUACUGGCUCCGCCCCUUCUUCUCUUCACCCUCGUCCUCCAUCAACAUUUCCCACUCUCUCCCAUCCGUGGAGUGCUCGUUGCCUGCGCCAUGCACUGGGGCACAAUCAUCGCUGCGAUGCUCCUAUACCGCGCCUCCCCAUGGCACCCGCUCGCACGCUACCCCGGCCCAUUCGUGUACAGGCUUUCCAAGCUCGCGCUCGCGUGGACGACGAGCGACGGAAAGCAGUGGUUGCACGUCAACGCCCUCCACGACCGCUACGGAGACAUCGUGCGCAUCGGUGCGUUUACCUCCUUGGCCGAUCGCCCGAACGAGGUUUCGCUCCGGAACGCGUCCGCCAUCGUCCCCGUCCUCGGGCCCAACGGGCUCCCCAAAGGCCCACACUGGGCGGGGCGGAACAUGACGGACAGCGCGCAGCAGCUCGUGUCGCUCGUGGACGUGCGCGAGCACGCGCGGCGGCGGCGGCCGUGGGCCCGCGCGUUCAGCGGGCCCGCGCUGCGCGGGUACGAGGAGAUCAUGCGCCGGCGCGUCCGCCAGCUCGUCGAGCUGCUCGCGCGGCACGCGGCGGAGGACCGCGUCGCGGACGUCGGGAAGUGCGUCGGGAGCUUCACGUACGACUUCAUGAGCGACAUGGCGUUCGGCGGGGGCUCGGAGCAGAUGCGCGACGGGGACAAGGAUAGCAUUUGGGCGAUCAUGGAGCAGGGCCUUGCAGUCUCGCAGGUUAUGGGUCACUGCCCGUGGCUGGGCAUCUAUCUGGGCUACGUACCGAUGGCCGCAGCUCUGAUGAAGGCACUUCUCGAUUACGGCGAGGAGCGCGCCCUGAUCAGGAUCAACAGCGGUUCGCUCUCCAAGGACCUCUUCCACUACCUCAACAACGAGGACGGGAUGGAGAAGUCCCAGCCGCCGCUGGCCCAGGUCGCCAUCGACGGCGCGCUCGCCAUCGUCGCCGGGUCGGACACGACGUCCUGCGUGAUGACCAACAUCUUCUUCCUCCUGCUCACCCACCCGGACGUCUACGCCCGCCUCCAGGCCGAGGUCGACGCCGCGUUCCCGCGCGGCGAGGACGCGAUGGACGCCGCGAAGCACGCGGACAUGCCGUACUUGAACGCCGUCAUCAACGAGACGAUGCGCCUCUUCCCCCCGCUCCCCAGCGGCAGCCAGCGCGCCACCACGCGCGAGACCGGCGGGUGCAUGGCCGGAGAACACUACAUCCCGCCCGAGACGACGGUGAACGUGUCGUUCUACGCGAUGCACGUCGACCCGCGCAACUUCGCCCCGCGCCCGGCCGAGUUCUGGCCCGAGCGGUGGCUCGUCGCCGCCGGACAAGCGUCUCCACCGUCCGCCGAGGAGGCGGAGGAGGAAGGCGGCGGCAAGUUCGUGCACAACGCCGCCGCCUUCCUCCCGUUCUCGUACGGGCCCGCGAACUGCGUCGGCAAGGCGCUCGGCAUGCAGGAGCUGCGCGCGGUGCUCGCGCUCGUCCUGCAGCGGCUCCGGCUCCGGCCCGCGGAGGGCUGGGACGGGCCGGACGCGUACCGCGCGCGGAUGCGGGAGUGGCUGAUCGUCACGAAGCCGCCGCUGCCCGUGCGCGUCGAGGUGCGACCGGGCAAGUUCUGA